AUGAUCUCAUCGACCGAUACCAAAUGCAUCGUUACCCGACGGCAGAAGUCGGCCCCAUCGGUGGCGUCAGUCCAGCCGGAAUUUCACCGUUCCAUCACCGAGUCCUCUACGCCCACCCACAACCGCCGCCCUAUCACUACGCUAUUCCCAGCUCAAAAUCCUACCACGGUAGCCCGAUCGCCGUUGGUGCCUCCCAUUACCAAUCCUACGCCGAGUACGUACCAGAAUGCUCUCCGCAUCAACAACAAAGGUCCGCUGCCGGCUCUACCCCUGACUACUACCGUAUGUUCAACUCAUGGUUCGCCUACAGUGGAGAAGGCGGUGGUACCGCCUCCCUCAAAACCGCGUAUACCAGCCCCCUCCGCCCUACCGUCGACGUCAGCGGUCGAUCGCCCAACUUCGUUGGUGUCACCGGCUUACAUAACGUGCACUACGCCAAACUGCGGCGCGAGGCUGCAGAACCUUCACAACUCUCCUCUCAUUACACGAAAUACUAGGCAAGAGGCUAAUGCCCAAGCGGGUCCACGUGUUUCUCUGAGAGCGAGGAAGAAGAUGCGACGAGCUGGUGUACAAUCCGCAAUAAUAACCCCUCAAGACGAUGUCAGCUCCUUUUUGUCUCCACCUUUCGAGAAGUUCAUCGAAGAGAAACCAUCUGAAUCCGAUCGCCUUCAUCCGCUUCCCUCAGCGUCCCCUGCUACAUUCCGUAAGCCUGACGCUGACAAGUCGCAUCCACCUACACAUCGUCGUAAGCAGUCUGAAUCUCAAACACUGCAUACCAACAGUCGUGUUGUCACAGCGAUCGAUGAUCCUGUAGCUGAGCACGAACGCGACUCGUCUGAUCCAUCAGCGGCGGCAGCUUUCAACUAUUGUCAAGUAUGGAAUGAGUGGAAUAGCCGUAGUGGUGGUAGUUUACCUUCGCGACGUUCCAGACAACGUCCAGUACUACUAGAUCGCCAGGUAUUUAAUGAUACUACCGACUGCUGA